ACUCAACCUCUCACUUGACCUUGAUCAAUAAUGUUGCUGUCGUAUUUUACAGUCAAUUCAACAAGCGCGAGAACUAGUUGAUAAAGAUGGGUGUCUACGGUAGCUUUCUUGCAAUCUCUUUGAUUUUUUCAACCUUCUUUCAACCUUUUCGACCCGAGGUCUUUACUUCGACUUCUCAACUUUCAGAACAUACCAAAGUUGAACAGUCCCUUGACAAGGCGUUACAAAACUACAUCAAGAAAGAAAAACAACGGUUAAAGAAGCUCAAAACUUUUCUACGGCUUAAGAAGAAGCAAUCACAGAAACGGUUGUUAGACCUUGAGGAUUUGAGCGGCUUGACUAUCAGCCCUGUGGACGCGUUCACGACCUUGAAUCGGUUUGGUAAGGAUUGGGAAGACGUUGGGAAGCAACUGAGACAGCGCGAACAUCGUGAAGAUUUUCUAAAUGUUUUGUCAGAACAGAAUGAGUCAUUGAACCUCUUCUCCCAGAUGGAUUUUGAUGGAGCAAUGAACGCCUUGCUUCGGCUCAGUAAAGUUUAUGAUAUCAGCCCUCAGAAUCUACUCCAAGGGAAGAUCGAUAAGCGCUCGGUAAAAACUGUUUGUACUAAAGGACUAAUCAAUAAUCAAUCGAGGCAACUUCGUCAAUCCAUCGACCAGAGGAUCCAAAAUGAAACGUGUUUGAUACCUACGUCAUUUCCCCCAGUUCAAAUCGAUACCCAAUCGAUAACUACUCGGCUUACUACAAUGGACAGCUUUCGGCUCGGUCGCCAAGCCUACGUGACUGGACACAGACUAUUGGCUAAGACAUGGUUGGAACACACGAUCAGCAUGAUGGGUAAUACCCAGUAUGCCUUGCGCGACAUGGCUGAAAGUACAAACCGAAGCGAAGUGUUGAAUUACCUGGCUUUCAUAGAAUACCUGUUUGCAAACUACAAAAAGUCUUUAAGUUAUUAUCAAGAAAUGUCUCGUUAUGAUCCCUCGGAUGAAGUGAAAGAGAACGUAAAAAUCAUGGAGGGACUGGUGGCGAAAAAUAAAGUAGGAGAGCGAUUAUCUGACGACGACGACGACCAAGAUGAGUUCAUGAUUGAAUACGCCAACCAUUGUCGUAAGGCCGACCAAACUGUUCCGUUACCUAGCAACGAUCCUAGAUUGAACUGUUACUAUGACAACAGACAUCCGGGGUCUUAUUUGAGGCCUUCUAAAGUGGAAACACUGAAUUUAAAUCCACGAAUUGAAAUAUUUCGUGAUGUGCUAAGUGAUAAUGAAGUGGAUGAAAUUAUAUCACUGGCCCGUCCAAAGUUACUACGGGCUGGAGUCAACAAUCUAGAAACAGGGAUCACAGAACUGGCGGACUACAGAAUAAGCAAAAACGCCUGGUUACGAGACCAGGACAGCGAACUCGUGCAGAAGAUCGACCAAAGAAUUGGUGUUUUAACUGGUCUGAACAUGAACACAGCCGAGCAUUUACAGGUUAAUAACUAUGGGCUAGGAGGCCAAUACGAGCCCCAUGUGGACCACGCCCUGAAUAUGUCGAUAUCUCCCAUCAGGGAACUAGGCUGGGGAAACAGGAUAGCAACGUUGAUGUUUUAUUUAUCUGACGUUCAAGCUGGCGGUGCAACAGUGUUCAUAAAACUCAACGUCCAUUCAAGGCCAAGUAAGGGUGACGCAUUGUUUUGGUAUAACCUGAAGAAAUCCGGUGAAGGAGAUUUAGAUACACUACACGCUGGGUGUCCUGUGUUGCUAGGCGACAAAUGGGUCGCUAACAAGUGGAUCCACGAGUAUGGCAACGAGUUCUUACGUCCAUGUGGACUGACCGAAGAUGAGUAAUCGAUGAGUAAUCGAUACCCGAGUGAUUGGCGAUGGAGGCCCGACGCAGGAAGAAGAGUAUAGUCGGAGAUCAAAAUGGUAACUACAGGCGAAUGUACAAGUGCCAAUGCACGCUGGUUCUCAAGGAGGCGAUCAUCAAAAUUUCUUUUUUCGAAUGGAAAUAGAAAUAUUAUGUUCUGUUCCAUGUUAUACAUGGCUGUCACUCAACACUAAAAAAAGACCUCUUUUAGUUGGACAUUAUAAUAUUUUCCCAUUUCAGACCACCUGUCAUUCUCUAGAGUAUCAUUUCUUUGUUUAACGGUUGCGCAUGAGAAGACACAUGAAUAUGGAUACAACUCAAGAACAAAGAAUCUUAUUCUCAAGAGAAUGACACAUGGUAUGAUAUGGGAAAACAUUACGCCCAAGGUAAAGAAAUGACCCCUAGAAAUAACUUUUCUCAAUUCACCUUUCCAUGUUCGAAGGAAGAAUUUUAAAAACGAAUAACGACAUCGUCAUGCAUUGGAAUGUUCGCAGCUUCGCCAAGCAUCUCUCGUCGCGUCUCCCCAAACAGCCCCACAAUGCACUGCAAGGUCGUUACAAGUCUUCCUCUGAGCUACAGGAAGACUAAUUAACAUAUUUAUUAAUUUAGCACGUGAUCUCGUGACGUCACAACGCCAACAAAAUAAAUCACCUACGCCCAAACAAGAAAAUAAUAUAAAAUAAACGAGAAUCAAGAAAAUAUUUGUCAGCAAUCAAAUAUGAAUUAAUAUAUAUUUGUAAAUAUCAUCUGUCUUAAUUAUUGUUAUAUAUUCUUUAAGAUAAUUACAAAAUUUUAAGAUG